AUGAGCGCCAAGACUGACGUGAUUCAGAAGUGUUUGUGGUCUGUGUGCCUUGUGGGCCUGUUCAUCCCUGACACCCUCUCUCUAGACUGUGACUUGCUAGGUAAUCACUUGUAUAGACUCACUUGGCGAAACCUGAGGUUUCUGAACAGUAGGAACAAUUCAUUUCCUGUGGAGUGUCUAAGAGAAAGCAAGGCUUUUGAGUUGCCACAAGAGAUCCUGUCAUACACCCAGCCUCUGAAAAGAGACAUCAAGGAGGCCUUCUAUGAAAUAUCCAAACAGACCUUCAACAUCUUCAGUCAAUAUACCUUCCAAUCCACUUGGGACAAGAAACACCUGAUACAAAUCCAAAUUGGACUUGAUCAGCAAUUGCACUACCUGGAACAAUGCUUGAAAGAAGAGGAUAUGGAAAAUGAAGACGUGACAGAGAUGGCAGAGGAUGAGAGGAAACAUCCAGGAGCUACGGUCCCCCAGAUGACCAAGCUAAAACUAAAGAGAUACUUCCGCAGGAUAGAUAGUUUCCUGAAAGACAAGAAAUUCAGUCACUGUGCCUUGGAGAUCAUCCGGCUGGAACUCAUAAGAUGUUUCUACUACUUUCAGAAAUUCACAGCAUUCCUCAGGAGAAAAUAA